UGAUAUACAGUCCGGUCAACCGCUGAAAGCUCUGAGCUUUGAUCUCACUGCUUCUCUGAGCUCUCUCUCUGAUCGCUUCGCUUCCAUGGCUUCCCUCCUAUCUCUCCCAAAACCCUUCUCGCAAAACCCACACUUUCCCACAAAACCAGCUGCCCAUUCACAUAGCUUGAACGUAAUUCCACGAAAUCAUUCAUUUUCGGGACGUGGGUUGCUUCAUUUUCAACAUGGGUCGUUCAGAGCCAGAGAGAUGAGGGUCAUCAGAAGCUCGAACCAAACCGAAGCUGUGCCUGAUUAUAGCAUUCAAGUCUCUGAUGUUCCACUGCUGACUUGCUCAGAGGCAAUUGAAAGGCUAAAAACAUACCGGGAAAAUCAACACGGUAAGCAGCAAUUUCUCGCCAUGUACUCUAGCAUUUUUGGAGGAAUCACAACUGAUCCAGCUGCUAUGGUGAUCCCCAUUGAUGACCACAUGGUCCACAGAGGGCAUGGUGUAUUUGACACUGCUGCUAUAAAAGAUGGGUAUCUGUACGAGUUGGACCAGCACCUGGACCGUAUUUUACGGUCAGCAUCCAUGGCCAAAAUUGACAUACCAUUUGAUCGAGAAAGCAUUAGGAGAAUACUCAUACAAACUGUGAGUGCUUCCAAGUGCAAAACAGGAUCACUAAGGUACUGGCUCUCGGCGGGGCCUGGUGAUUUUCAGUUAUCUCCAUCUGGCUGCCAUCAGCCAGCUCUUUAUGCUAUUGUAAUCCAAGAUCUAUCACCCUUUAAUUCGAAGGGCAUUAAAGUAGUUACUUCAUCAAUCCCAGUAAAACCCCCCCAAUUUGCAACCAUGAAGAGUGUGAAUUAUCUUCCAAAUGUUCUUUCAAAGAUGGAGGCUGAAGAACAAGAUGCAUUUGCAGCAAUUUGGCUGGACGGUGAUGGAUUCAUUGCUGAAGGGCCUAACAUGAAUGUGGCUUUUGUUACAAAAGAGAAGGAACUUGUGAUGCCUCAGUUUGACAAAAUCCUAAGUGGAUGCACAGCUAGGAGAGUUUUGGUUCUUGCAGAAGGGCUGGUGAGGGAUGGUAAGCUUCGGGGAGUAAGGGUAGAAAAUGUGACUGUUGAGGAAGGGAAGAAGGCAGAUGAGAUGAUGCUUAUCGGCAGUGGAAUUCUUGUUCGCCCUGUAGUGCAGUGGGAUGAGCAGGUCAUUGGUGAUGGCAAAGAAGGCUCCUUGACUCAGAUUCUCUUGAACCUUAUAAUUGAAGACAUGAAAUCCGGCCCUCCUGCUGUCCGAGCGCCUAUUCCUUACUAAGCUGGCACAAGGCGACACUUUCAAUUCUGUUGAAAUUUCAAGUGCCGGAAAUCUAUCAUUACCCAGUUGUGACAUUCCUGCCCUGUGCACGCAGCUCUGUCGUCCGGUUGUACUUUGAGACUCAUAAGUUUCUUGAAUUCUCAACCUAGCUCCUUAUCUCCAUUGCUAA